AUGACAAGGACGACAGGACCAGCGAGAAAUCACUGGACCAGCAAAUCGUAUUCAAAUGACAAGGACGACAGGACCAGCGAGAAAUCUACUGUCGACAAGAACAACAAAUCGUAUUCAGAUGACAAGGACGACAGGACCAGCGUGAAAUCUACUGACGACAAGAACAACAAAUCGUAUACAGAUGACAAGGACGACAGGACCAGCGUGAAAUCUACUGUCGACAAGAACAACAAAUCGUAUUCAGAUGACAAGGACGACAGGACCAGCGAGAAAUCUACUGUCGACAAGAACAACAAAUCGUAUUCAGAUGACAAGGACGGCAGGACCAGCGAGAAAUCUACUGUCGACAAGAACAACAAAUCGUAUUCAGAUGACAAGGACGACAGGACCAGCGUGAAAUCUACUGUCGACAAGAACAACAAAUCGUAUUCAGAUGACAAGGACGACAGGACCAGAGAGAAAUCUACUGACGACAAGAACAACAAAUCGUAUUCAGAUGACAAGGAGGAAAAACCGGGAAAAUAA